AACGACUCCCGAGGCCCAGCAGGCGGCCCCCCGGGGCCUGCCGGCCUUGCAGAAAAUGCAGACGGGCCCGUUCUUCGCGAGGGUGCGGCCCUUCGCCAUUUUGAGCAAGUUGAUGGCCACUUUUCCGGUGCACAAUGUGUUCACCAACGACGGAAGGCAGCUCAAGCACCGCUGGCUCAGCAUCACCCUCAUCUACGACCUUGUCGUCUACGCUGUCGUCAUCAGCUUUUUCAUCUACAACGCACUCAAGCUCAUUGAGGCUGUGAGAGGGCACGAUGACAAGUUCUACCUGAUAAUCUGGCUGUGGUUCACGUUCAUCGCGGCCGGCCUGCGAAAUUUCGUCCAGUUCACUCUGUGCCAUGUUAGUGCUCGCCACUAUCCACACCUUUUCGAAGCAAUCGAGGUCUAUUACAGCGGCAUCGGCGCCGAGGUGAUCGAAAGGAGGAGGGACGUGCUGCGGAUGCAGGCCAUUCCCAUCGCCAGGGUGGUCAUGUUCCUCGUCAUCCUCACCUUCUCCUCUUACUCAUUCUUCAUCCAGUUCAAUAGUGAAUUCACUUGGUCUGCGAGUAUGAGCUACGUGCUGGUGAACCUGUGGAAGGAGCUGCCGAUGAGCAUGUUCAUCUGCCUGUGCGCCCACUUGCGGCAGCGGUUCACGCGGCUGAUCGAGGCGCUGGCCGCGUGCCGCAAUUGCGGCGGCGACGACGCGCCGGCCGUCAAGCGCCUGGAGAACGUGCGGCUGCAGUACGCGGCGCUGACCAACAUCCUCGGCCGCAUAGAGAAGUGUUUCGGCACGCAGAUUGCCGCCAACACCCUCUUCCUUGUGCUCGACUGCAUCAUCCAGCUGUUCAUCUUUUUCGUCUACACCAGCGCCGACAACGUCUUCCUCCUCACGCUCGCCAUUUACUUCUUCAUCGCCGCCUGCGGAUUCGUUUUCCAAGUCGACCGCCUGCAGAGGAAGGCUGAGGGUUUGCUGGAUGAACUGAACGCGUUCGAGCUGGAGGGAAAAUCCAUCAAUUUAAAAUAUCAGGUGAAACUCUUUACCGCGCAGAUUUCCGCUCGACCAAUCAAAGUGUCUGCGUCUGGAUUUUGCAUAGUUAACAACACACUUGUCGCCGGUUUGUUUGGUGCGAUAGCGACUUAUUUGAUUGUGAUGCUGAACUCGUCGCAAUACAUUCUCGCUUGGGCAAACGACACCAUCAGCACCAGGAGAGCGCAGUUCAACGCUAGAUAUGUUCAUCUCACUUAA